UACUUUUUGUAGUUUUGUUUUGCUAAGUAAAUAUAUCUUUAAAAUGUCACAACGUAAGAUGAAACGACCAUCAUCAGCAAGACAUAAGAUCAAAUAUGAAACAUUUUCCCAGUUUGUGAGUUCAACUCGACUGCGACAUAUUCAGGAUCUCUUGGAUGAAAAACAGAGCUCAUUAGCCAAACCUGAUGCCAUUCUUUGUAUUACUGGUAUAUGUCAACUUCGCAAGUCAUUGUCGUCAAUAGGCAUUGACAGCCGAUACAAUGAUGGAAACUAUGAACUGGUAAACUAUCUGUUAUUUGGAUUUUUUGACGUUCGCAAAGCAGAACUUGAAAGAUCUGGCUUUGAUGAGGAGGUUAUUGAUGAUUUGAUGAUACUGAUCCGCAAGUGUUCAGUGGAUGUGUAUUGCAAUCCCAUCAAUUACCACUACCUCUUGCCCUACGUCAGUCACUGGCAUAACAUUACCUUCCACUGCUUGACAGAGGAUCAAUAUAAAGAUGAAGAGGUGGGUGAGAAUUUCAAAAUUCAGUCUCUCAUCACUAUGGUAUCUGGUUGUAAGAAGAUUGGAAUACCGUACAGUAGCACAGCUCGACCACAAACAUUUGACAAAUUGCUUAUUGAGAAAUGGCCAGUUGUGCAAGCGUAUGCCUUGGAACACUUUGGCAGUGGAGGUUUCCUUACUAUGAAGAAAGAGGUUGUUGAUGUGAGUAGUUGUGUGCGUGAAUUCUACAGUCUGAUGGAUCCUGUAUCUCUAGAAAUGAUGGUUACUCACAACCUACCUUUGCUUGAAAAACAAUGGAACAACAUGAUGCUGACUAUUAACAUGGAGUUAUCAUCUCAUCCUGGAUAUUUAUCAGAAGCAAUUGUUCUGGAGUCUCUGAAGACAUAUUUCAAUCAUGGAAGAACUGGUACUGAGUGUGCAAAGUCCAGCAAGCAGCCAUUUGUCUUGUUUGGUGUUCAUGCAACUGAGUCCAAUCUUAACAAGGUUUGCACAGCAGGUGGCAUUGGUUCAGGAGAUGGACUAGCUGGGCAGUCACACACCAUGAUUUGUCAGGCAGUGGCCCCUAAAUGUCCUUUGACCUGCACCAGAACUUACUUCUUUACUCCAGCAUAUAACCCAUUCCAGGAGCCCAAAAACCUACAAUGGUUGAAAGAUGUGGAUCUUGAACAUCUGAUAACCAUUUAUCGAGGAAUGGUGGCCGGUGUUGUGGCUGGAAUUGACUUGUAUGCGAAAACACUCAGCGUCUCUCAGGCCAAGUUGAAAGCUGUGGAAACUCUCCAAGAUGACUGCAAGGCCCUCAAGACUACAGUGUUGUGGAAGUAUCUCACAGAAAGGUCAAAUAUUAAUUUUGCCAUUGAAGCUAUGGACAAUCAUGGAAAGUGUAAAGCCUUGGAUGAUGGACUCCGUAGCUUACAAGUUAAAGUGGCGACAAUGAAGCUGUGCAACAUACCAAGUGUCCACACUUCUGGGAAGACUAAAGGAUUGCUGAUGUUUGCUGAAUCAUUUCUUGAUUCAGUCAUCUCUGUGCAAGACCAAGAUACUUCUCCAACAUUGUCCAGUGAAGUUCUUCUCCUGACCAGUCAUAUUCCAAGGAUUCACUUAUGGAAUAAUAAGAAAGAAGAUGUAGCUGUAAAAAAGGAGAUCCAAGCAUUGCUUCAGCAACCCGAUAUUGAAGAGUUUGGACAUCAGCUCAUGACGGGGGAGAAGGUGGAUGUUACAACUGGGAUACCAGUCUCUAUGCCACCAAGUGAAUAUCGCUUGUAUAUGUAUGAACAUGGCCUUAUAGUUCUUCGUCCAGAAAGUGGUGCCAUUGCCCUGCAUGGUUCCCACAUCAAGUCUAUCAGUCUUUAUGAUGGGGAGUCACCCAGCCAGGCUUUGUUGCUCGUCAUAGAACUGCACCAGUCAUCAGCCAACAGUCUACCUCCACAUCUACAGUCUGCUCACAACACGCUGGUUGUCAUCAUUCAUCCUCGCAGCAAGGCUAGGAGACAUCUUCUCUCUGCGGUGUUGCCGCAGUUGAAGCGAGUGGAAGAUUGUCAAGUUCCAGUUGUUGACCACAUCGACACCCUGCCUGAUCAUCUUCAGUCUGUAAAUGAUGUGCUACGGGUGAAGUAUGAGGGAAGUAUUGACGUUGGACUUGACGAAGCAUUUGGACACAUAACAACUCUUCAAAAGGCAACAGUGAUGUUGCCAUCACUUACCACAUUUCUUGAUCAUUUUAAAGUGAGCAGUAUUGGCUUCACCAGCCUGUCAAGUGACGAUCUCAAGUGUUGUUUGAAACAAGCCAGCUACAUUCCAGCAUCUACAUCAAAAAAGCUUGUGGUGACAAUAUUGAGUGGAAUUCCUGGCUCGCACAAAGAUCAGCUCUGCAGAACAUUGACAAAUCUAGCACAAGAAAAUAUUAGGUGGAUUGUGUUGAGUGCACCCAAGUAUGAAACAAGUCCAUUUAAUGCGGAGCACCUGCAGACUUCCCUGAAGUCAGCGUACUCUACACACCAGAAACUGGCCAGCACCGAGAAACAGAUUCGGGUGAUGAUCGUCACUUCAGGGUUUACAGAUACAGUUGAUGUGGUUCGUGCUAUUGUCAACCAUCCAAAUAAAGAAGUAGCUGAAAACAUUGUCAUAGGUUCUGUGUCAGUUUGCAUUGAUCCUCAGAAUACAUUUAUGGAGCACAGAUGGCCAUUUCCAGUAUUACUGAACCAGUGUGCACAAGGUUGGGUAAACUGUAUCAUCUCCAUGUCAUCAACAGAAAUAAAGAAUGAUCUUCUUGAAGAAGUGCAAAGUCUUAUUCGAUGUAUCAACUCUGAUGUGGCGUUGUUGGUGGCAAACAAAACUGUGAUAUCAAGAAGUACAGAUCUGGACUUAAUUUUGUCCGAUUCAAACUUCAUGCAGCCCAAGAUGGUGAGAUCAAGACUUCUUCUCUACCCAGGAUGGAAAAAGCCAUCUUUCCAGAACAUGACUUCACAUUCCAUGUCUAGUAUCUGUCUGAAGUUUUCGAAAAGCUUAGAGAAAGUAAAAUUUGUCAACAGACUACGGGAUUUGAAACGGACUCUAUCAAGUUACCCAUUUAAAGGGAAUAUCUACUUUAUUCAAGGCUCGCUGCAUUUUGCAGACUCACAGCAGCUGAUGGAUGUCCAGUAUGUGACACUGACCGGAGCUCUAACAAUCCAUCCCUCCAACGGCGAGAACCGACUUCCACAGAAUUGGAACUAUUCCUGCUACGUGGUCUGCACUGGAAGUGGACUGGAAGAAAGCCAGCUAAAGGACUGGCUGAGAGGAUGCACCAAACAGAGACCACAAAAAAAGAAGAUAAUUAGUAGAAAGGACAUUUCACAGGAGGACAUCAAUCGAAUACAUAAGCAGCAUCAUUUGGAUGUUCUUCCGGCCGGUUGGUUCUACAGUGGAACUCACUUCGUCAGCAUGGGUGGCGAGAAGUCCAACUUGCAUCCCAAUCUUGAGGAGUUCAUCAACCAGUGGUUAAAAGACAAGAAUGAAGAGAUUUCCAAAUACAAUGAGAAGAUAGAUGCACAACCUUUUGUUGACUUGUUUGCUUAAGAUGACACAAAUAGACAGAUUUUUCAGAGAUGGAAAAAAACUCUUUGUUUUGACAGAAUUCCUGAUUUUAAUGCAACUUGAAAAAAUUUCAAGCUCACAAUAAGACCUUUACCUUUUUGAAACCCAUUAAAGUUAUUCACAUUGUUGAUUUUCCACAGUCAUUUGGAUGUGUGGCUAUUGAAAUCUAAAUAUUUAUUUCAAAUGUUGACUGAUAUGUCUGGCAAAUUCCAUAGAUUUAAUUUAACAUUCCAUUUUUUUUUACAUUCUGUUAGAUCUGCUAGUGGACCUAAAUCUGGAUGAAUUUUUAUGGAGCAUGCAUUUUGCCACAGACUUUUUGUUUUUGUUAAAAUUAUUUGCAUUUGUGAUGUUUUUGUAAUAUAUUAAUAAUUCCCAUGCAUUUUAGUAUUAUAUUGUUGGAAUUGCCAAAAUAUGAUCAGCUAGUUAUAAUAUGUUGUCAUUCAUUGUAUGGAUGCUUUUGUCUUUUUUUUUUGUGUGUUGAAUUGUGUGGACUGUUAAAUUCUGGUUAUUGUUCAUCUGUUGAAGCAGAUGAUGAUGAUGUUUAACACAUCUGUAGUUGUAAGUUAAUUUUCACACAGUUACUUAAUUAUCAUUAGAACUGCUUUUUGUUAUGAUACAGAAUUUUAAAGUCACGGACGCACAGCAAUUGACCUACUAACGGCAGACUAACGCGGAUUACGUGACUUGAAAUGUACAAUGUGUGUUUGCUCCUUUUCAGCUAAUGCUCGCCACCAUUUUGAAGUCAUUUUGUAAAUGUUUUAAACAGCUAAAAUUAGCUGAAAAUGGAUAGAAUUUUGUCCGGUUUAGAGAGGGUCCGGUCUUGAGGGGGUUUCACUGUACAUGUAUAUGAAAAUAUCAUUAACAUGUGGGACAUGAUGACUAUACUGUGACUAUGAAUGAAAUACUUUUGACUAUGAAUGAAAUACUUUUCAGAUGUUAAAUGUACCGUCAAACCAGUGUUAAUUGUAUGGACACCACUGUAGUAUCAAAUUGUAGCCCUUUAAGACAUUUGACUGUACAGGUCAGUUUGUACUAUCUUAGAUGAUUUGGGAGAAUAAAAAUGUGUCCACUUAAUAUAGGUGGUUGCUUUAUACAGGUGGUCGCUAGAGCAGGUUUAACUGUAUAUUUUGUUGGGACAUUUAGCAGGUCAGCUGGUAGGUAAGAUGAGGAGAGUUAUAUACAGAUUAUACAGGUGUCAUGUAUACACAAACAUAGUAUUCAAAAGUCAACACAAGACUUUGUCCAAACAAUACUUUAUUAUGGGUUUAUAUCAAUAGUACAAACACUGAUACCAAACGGUGAUAAUGCUGCAAAGAACAUUGUGUAAACUCACUGCCUUUUAUUAUUAGAUACAGCAUUGUGAUUAUAAUUGUACUCUAGAUGUUGCUGUGUGUGGUGGUAUCUUCAGCCCCAUACAAACCACAAUGCAACCAGGAAGAUACCAAACCGAGUUCCCUUACAAAUGAGUAUUAUAUAUCUAUUAUGUGCACAAGUUAAGAAUUGGGGACUUGAAUAAGUUUGUUAACAAGGAAAUGAAUCUGUGGCCAUUCCCAAUAUGAUCACAUAGGGGUGGUAGGCAGGGUGGAUUUUGAUUCGAUUUUUGUCCUACACAUGGUGAAGUAAGGCAUUAUACUGCAUAUUUUCAGUGGGUCAGUGGUUGGUCAUCUCUCUCUCAUAUAUGGUGGAAGGGAAUGGGUGUACACUGCAAUAUAUUUUGUGGGUGGUUGCAAUAUAAUUAAUUUUAUUCCAAUGAUUGGGUGUUGGAUACUAAAAAGAAAUGUUCCUUUCUUCCUCUUCUCCCCCCCCCCCCCCCCCCCCCCCAUUCCACUUCAUGUGAUCAUUUUUAUUGAGCAUCCCCUAUGCACGAGUGUCAUAUUUUAGCCCGUUUUGUGCUUCUGCGACUGGAAAGUGGACAAUGGACAGUUACUGAAGCAUGACCACCGACCUAUAAAACUUCUAAUACAUUCCCUUAUAUAUCUAAAUACAUGUACGUAAGAAGUGCAACGGUUGUGAAUUUCAGUACUCAUUGUGAUUACACCAUAGAGAGCCUGAACAAAACCAAAAAGUAUUUUAUAAUUUUUGUCAUUCUUAAAGAGUGUCCUGAGUGUGUUCAGCCAGUCUCAGAAUAUAUACCUGUACAGGUAACACUUUAUAGGACAAAUCAGUGUGUUUGUAUACAAUUUUCUCUUUUCAAUCAUUUUCAGAUGGUGAAGAUAUAAUUAUGUUUGAUGGGCUUGUUUUGUUUUUGAUUGUUUAAUACAAAAUGAAUGUGUGAUAUAUUUAUUUAAUGGGGUUUUUUCUGUUUACUGUAUUGCUUUAAAGUGACUAUCCUGAGUUUGUUGCCAUUGUAGCAUGUUUACAACUUAAAAGAUUUGCUACUAAUGGAAAAAUGUAGCGGGUUUCCUCUCUAAGACUCUUAUGUCAGAAUUACCAAAUGAAUGAAAUUACUCAAUGUUUCACAUCCAAUAGCCAAUGAUUCAUAAAUCAAUGUGUUCUAGUGGUGUUUAUAAACAAAAAACUGAACAUUUUUAACAACUAAAUUUACAUAUUUAAUAUAUGUUCUUGUCUAUAAUGUCAAUGUCUGUAUAUUCAAUGUUUUUCUUGUUAUCCCAAUAUUAGUAGCUUAAACUGUAUUUUACCUUCAAAUAAUAUUGUACUUACAAAAACAUUUAUAUUAAGAAGUGAAACGUAAUUUGAGCUACUACAAACUUUAGGAUGACCAGAAACUCAUUCGAUAUACAUAAACUGACAUUCUAAACAAUAACUAUUCAAGAUGUACCUUUAAAGUUUGGUUGUUAAACAAGGAUUGCAAACUCGGAAUAGUCCCUUUAAGAUAUGUAUUUAAAUACUUGUAUAUGUUCCAUUUUAAUGACAUUGUUUGAUAUAUACAUACAGUUAGAUCUCUCUACUAAUACUAUGCCAUCUUUUUAGCAAUGUUCAAGGGUUGGACUUGGCUCGGUCGGUAGAGUGUUCUGCUGAAAUGCUUAGGUCAUAGAAUAAACUCUCUUCAGGGGAUGCAUUAGGUAUUACCGGUAUUAUAUAUGUGUGCUAUUCCAAACAGAGCCUCAAGACUGGUAUAUCAAAGGCCAUUGUAUUGGCUGUCCCUACUGUGGAAAAGUGAAUAUAAAAGAUCCCCACAAGGCUUGGUGCAAGUGGAAAAAUUUAGCAGGUCUGUUCUGAAGACUCCAUGUCAGAAUAUCUGAUGAUUAACAAACCAAUGUGCUCUAGAGGUGACAUUAAACAAAACAAACGUUAACUUUGAACAAUAUUUACAUCUGUUUACCAGAUUGAAUACUGACAGGAGCUAACAUACAUACCAGUAAGGUCUGGUCUCUGGUCAGUGUGCACAUCAAUUUUGACAUCGUGCAUCAACAUUUUUUGUUUUUAAUUUCCUGCAGUACGUAACCUGUUGGUUGUAUAGAGCCUCCCGUGCUACUGUUUCGGGUACCAAGACAAAGGAGGAGGCACCUUGGCCAUUGAAGAUGAUGUAAAAAAAACACCUAAAUAUACCCUCCUUUUCUGUUCAAUUCUGGAACUUUGGUUUAACCAGAGACUGACAUUUUUUCUUUUGGGCCUAAUGUUAAGCCAGAGUUUUUAUUUGAUACCUUCUGAUAGCAAAAUGUGUGAUUUUCUGCUGAAAAUAGUUGGGGGGUUUUAUGACAUUUCACUUAAAACUAUUAUAACAACUAGGUUAAGAAGGUAAUUUGUAAUUACUGUUGAUUACUCAAGCUUGUGUAGUAUCGACGUAGUGGUAUUAUAAUUUUGUUAUUGAACUUGUGAUGGUCUUUUUCUUUUUUUUCUUUUUAUUAUUAUAAUUACAGUAGAAUCUCGUUGGGUCGCACUUGGAAGGGUCGAAUAUACCACAACGCUCAAACCAAAAACAAAGUCCCGAGUAACAUUUACAUGAUGUUGAUCAAAUGGUUCAGUCGAACUACCCAAUGUGUCAAACACUUUCUCGAGCACCGACAGGGUUCAAGCCAACGGGAUUCAACUGUAUUUUUUUAUCUUUAUCAAUAGUAGUUUAGCUAAAUAAAUAAUAAAAGCAGUAAAAUUCUUUAGGGACUCCAUGAAUGUUCUGUUUUACAUGGUUUAGGGUUAGGUGUAUCCCCCCCCCCCCCCCCCACACACACACACACACACACAUACUAUUUGGUAAUUACAUGUAUUACAAUGGGAAUUUGAUAUAAUGACAAAGUGAAUGUGAACAUGAAACAAAGUAGUCAUUGUAAUGAGAUCUGACUGUAUUGUUAUGCUGUAUUAUUGGAAAUGUUUCAAAGAUUCAUUGGAAAUUAAAUAUCUUCACUCAAACUGCCACAUGCUUGUUUGUCUGUUUUGGCAUUAAUAUUUAUAUAUAUAUAUGGAUAUUAUGUUUAAUUAAAAUUAAUUAAUAUAUGUGUGUAGGUACUCAAAUAAUGUAUGUGAACAUUUGACAAACUGAGUGUUCUGCAUUUACUGAUGUUAAACAAUCAAUUAAAAAAUGUCCAGCUGUU